UCAGUGCUGAGAGAGACCUUCCCUUUUUUGCUUUUGUUUGAGCGUGAAAGUAACGGUAGACGAUGACACUUCCAAAGGAUGAAGAAAAGGCUCUAAGAACUCAGUACUUGGAAGCUUUAAUAUGUUGAACUACGGACCUUUCUUUCGUCUUAUAUUGAGCUAUAUAAUGGAGUCUGUUAUGACUUCACAUUGAUGUUUGAGAAAAUGCCAAUGGAAGAUUCAAAUUGGCUUUAGAAAUGAGUUCUGAACUUCAUAGCAGAGCAGAUUACACGGAAAAUAGUUUGCUUAUCAAAUCAAAAUCAGAUUGCCGGGUACUCCAUGAAUUCUUAGGGCUAAUUGUCCUGUUUUUACUAAAAAGUCAUGAAGAUUCAGGGAUUACCUCCAUGUUCUCUGUGCUAUAUAAGUCACUGGAACCAGGUGUUUAAUGCAAUACUAACUCAACUUAGAGAAGACUUCAUAUCAGAACCAACUCCUAAACAAUGGCUUCCCAAAAGCAAUUCCUCUUGGCUUUAUUCCUGAUUUUGGCAAUCUGGGCUUCGCAGACUAGCUCGCGGAAGCUUCGAGAGCUUUCAAUGUCUGAUAAACUUGAACAAUGGAUGACCAAAUAUGGACGGGUGUACGAGAAUGCUGUGGAGAAGGAUAGGCGGUUCAAUGUAUUUAAAGACAAUGUGGAAUUCAUAGAGUCAUUCAAUGCUGAUGUGAACAAACCUUACAAGCUAAGCGUGAAUGCAUUUGCCGAUCAGACUAAUGAAGAGUUCAGAGCUUCGCGUAAUGGACUUAAGAGAACAAAUGCGCCAAGUUCAGUGAAAACAACACCGUUUAAGUAUGCAGACGUGACUGCAGCGCCUGCUAGCUUAGAUUGGAGGAAGAAGGGUGCUGUUACACCCAUCAAGAACCAAGGCCAAUGUGGCAGCUGCUGGGCCUUUUCAACAAUAGCAGCAACGGAGGGAAUCCACCAAAUCAAAACAGGCAAACUCCUCUCCUUAUCUGAGCAAGAACUUGUAGACUGCGACACUCAAGGAGAAGAUCAUGGAUGCAUGGGAGGUCUAAUGGAGGAUGGAUUUGAGUUCAUAAUACACAACAAGGGCAUCACCACUGAAGCCAAAUACCCUUAUAAUGCAACAGAUGACUCUUGUAACAAGAAGGAAGAGGCUUCUCACGAUGCCAGUAUCACUGGAUAUGAACAAGUUCCUGCAAACAGCGAGGAGGCAUUGUUGAAGGCAGUGGCAAACCAGCCAGUGUCGGUCUCCAUUGACGCUAGUGGUUCUGCCUUCCAGUUCUACUCCAGUGGUGUUUUCAGCGGAGCGUGUGGGACUAUGCUUGACCAUGGAGUCACAGCUGUUGGAUACGGAACUACUACUAAUGGCACCAAGUAUUGGAUUGUGAAGAAUUCAUGGGGAACUGAAUGGGGUGAAGAAGGAUAUAUAAGAAUGCAGAGAGAUAUUGAUGCCAAGGAAGGCCUGUGUGGCAUUGCCAUGGAUUCUUCUUACCCUACUGCCUAAACUACAAGACUUCCUCCUAUUAUAUACCGUCUAUUUCAAGCUUGUACGUGAACCUAAUAGCUCCCUAAGAGGAUGAUUGUACAAAUAUCUGUUGUACUUGUGUAUUUAUCAGAAUUUCUAUCAAUGAAAUGAAGGGUUCUGAUCUGA